UUUUUUUUUUUUUUCAAACCAUCUAUAUAUUUCAUAUAUAUCUUCAAAAAAGAAGAGGAAAAAAAAAAUUGCUUAGAGAAUGAGAGAAAUUCUUCAUAUCCAAGCAGGGCAAUGCGGCAACCAGAUUGGUGGCAAGUUUUGGGAAGUCGUUUGUGAUGAACAUGGGAUUGAUGCCACAGGAAACCACAGUGGCAGCUCUCAUGUUCAGCUCGAGAGGGUCAAUGUUUACUACAAUGAGGCCAGUGGUGGCAGGUACGUCCCGAGAGCUGUCCUCAUGGACCUUGAACCUGGGACUAUGGACAGUUUGAGGACUGGACCAUAUGGGAAGAUUUUCAAGCCUGACAACUUUGUUUUCGGCCAAAAUGGUGCCGGAAACAAUUGGGCUAAGGGCCAUUAUACUGAAGGAGCUGAGCUGAUUGAUUCUGUUCUUGAUGUUGUUCGAAAGGAAGCAGAGAACUGUGAUUGCUUACAAGGAUUUCAAAUAUGCCAUUCACUUGGAGGAGGCACCGGAUCAGGAAUGGGGACUCUGCUGAUAUCUAAGAUCAGGGAAGAGUACCCUGAUAGAAUGAUGCUGACAUUCUCAGUCUUCCCUUCUCCAAAGGUCUCUGACACAGUUGUUGAGCCCUACAAUGCCACACUCUCAGUUCACCAACUGGUUGAGAAUGCCGAUGAAUGCAUGGUCCUGGACAAUGAAGCACUCUACGAUAUUUGUUUCAGAACACUCAAGCUCACAAAUCCAAGCUUUGGUGAUUUGAACCACCUGAUUUCAACAACCAUGAGUGGAGUAACAUGUUGCCUUCGUUUCCCUGGCCAACUUAAUUCUGAUCUGAGAAAGCUAGCGGUGAACUUAAUUCCAUUCCCACGCCUACACUUCUUCAUGGUUGGAUUUGCACCCUUAACUUCAAGAGGAUCGCAGCAAUACAGAGCACUCACCAUUCCGGAGCUCACGCAACAAAUGUGGGACGCCAAGAACAUGAUGUGCGCUGCUGAUCCACGCCACGGUAGAUACCUGACAGCCUCAGCAAUGUUCCGAGGCAAAAUGAGCACCAAAGAGGUUGAUGAGCAGAUGAUCAAUGUGCAAAACAAGAACUCAUCAUUCUUUGUCGAGUGGAUCCCAAAUAAUGUAAAAUCAAGUGUUUGUGACAUUCCACCAACAGGGUUGGCAAUGUCUUCGACAUUUAUGGGGAAUUCAACAUCGAUUCAAGAGAUGUUUAGGCGUGUUUCCGAGCAGUUUACAGUCAUGUUUAGGAGGAAGGCUUUCUUGCAUUGGUACACUGGUGAAGGAAUGGAUGAAAUGGAGUUCACUGAGGCUGAAAGUAACAUGAAUGAUUUGGUUUCUGAAUAUCAGCAGUAUCAAGAUGCUGCAGCCUCUGGUGAUGAAGACUAUGAUGAUGAUCAAGAGGCGGUUCUGGAAAGCUAAGAUUUGAAGAGGGCUUGAAUAUUAAAAUUAUUGCAUUUAUUUAUGUUCUUUCCAUGGUGAUUGUGAGUAAGGUCUUGCACCAUAAUAUCACUAUUGGUGAUCUUAUACUGUAUGUAAAGUGUUAAAUAUUGAUGUUUCUAUACGAAUAUAUGGCGUGUUUUUUUUUCUUUUUUAA